AGCACCGUAACGGCUUUGCUAGGCUUUACAGUGUUUACUCGUGUCAACGUGCUCGCGAGUAAAUAACUCGCUGGUGUUAGUGCAACAAAAUCCCUUCGAGUUAUCUUCACCCAUUGAUACAUUUUCGAGUGUAACAGCGGUGAUAGAUUUUGCAGUCAGUGCUCCAGGAUUCGAUAUUCUUGAAUUCUUAAAAUCUUGAAUUACGAACUGGAUGAGAAUUCGGGCACUCAAGAGUUUCAGUGCUUAAAAACCUUUUGGAAAUUGUGAGUGCUUGUGUUGUGAUGUCCCAUCCAUCUCAAACUCUUUCUACGCAAGCCGAACUUCUUUGUCUUCAAGAUUUAAUCUCAAUUCAAACUUAGUGCCAUUUGCUUUCAUUUUACAUUUAUAUCGUUAAAGAUACCACCCUUAGAAGAUCCAAUCCGUAAAAAUUGUUUGCUCAUCUUGGAGACCAUCCUCAAAUUUGGAGAAUAUUCUCGUUUUUGUGAACAUUGUGUUUUCUUCAGAGUUUGAGCUAGAGAGUACAUGAAGACAAUUGUUCAAACUGGAUGGACUAUGUGGCAAAUCCGUGGAGAGAUUUCAAAGUGGAUUGGGGAGAAAGUGUGGUUUUAAUACUAAGAGUGAACGGAAGUUUGGGUACCAGGAGUUAGCAGCGACGGUACCAGAAAUGCCGGAGAAAGAAGUGGCUUAUCAUCAGGAGGCCUUCUCCUUACUGCCGCCUCCGCCCCAUCAUCCCCAUUCGGCUUUCCAUGCAGCUUUUCAUCCGCAUCCUCAAUUGCCAGGACCCUCGCCUUUUCAUACCCAUCAUGCUCAUGGUCCUGCGGCAGCCGCGGCCGCCGCGGCUGCAGUUUGGGAACAUCAUUCUGCAAGGGCUGCGGCAGCAGCAGCUUUUCAUGGACUACAGCCCCACCCAUUAUCCGGAAGUACAACGACGCUUGGAAGUCCUGGGGGUGGAAACGGUGGUAAUAACGGAGGUGGCGGAAACGGUGGCGACAGUGGCGGGGGCGGCAACAGAGGUGGGGGUGGAGGAGGCGGCGACGGGGUUACUGGAAACACGACUUCGAGUGGAGAUUUCUUGCGCAGAAGUCAUCCCCUUGCGGAUCACUCACUUCUCCAUCCCGCCUAUCGGGCCAACUACAUGGACCAGCUUUAUCACCAUCUCCAAGCUACGCACAGCCCCAACCCCUCAUUACACGGACUGGGUGGAUUGGGGCCGGAGUACCUUCUGCAUGCAGCCGGACCUGGCAGUGCACUAGCUUCAUCUGAAUUUCCAUUUUCUAUUGAUGGUUCAAGACUGGGAAGUCCUCGUGCGUCAGCAAUAAGGGCGAGUCGUAAGAGGGCUUUGAGUAGUUCGCCAUACUCAGAUCGUUAUGAUCGUUUUGAUAUUGACAGCAUGAUCAGAAUGAGUCCCAACAGUUUAGCUUCCUUUGUAAAUGGAUCGCGAAGUAGUAGCACAAGUGGCAGUUAUGGACAUCUGUCAGCCGCCAUGAGUCCAGCGCUGGGAAUGCAUCCAGGAAUGACUCCACACUUCCAGCAACUGCAGGCUCACCUGUUGCGAAGCGCUGCUGCCGCUGCGGCCCUUAUCCCGCCCCAUCCCUUACAGCCACCCUGUCCACCACCACCACCCCAAUCGCAGGCCCACCACCCUCAUGGGCAUUCCCACACACAUUCCCAUUCCCAUGCCCACGUCCACUCACAUGGACAUUCCCACAACCUCAGUCAGCACUCGCAGCUUUUCCCCGUGUCCCCACAUUCCACGGGAACGAAUGCUAUCAGUAACCACGCUGGAGGAGUUCCUACAAAGAAUGAAAUCGUGGAUACGUGUAGGAAACCAUUAGAUGUUUCGAGUAGAUCCAUAAGCGCAGAGGCUGAUACAUCCACGAGAAAAACGUCAACUAAAGUGAAGAAAGAACCAGCCACGAUAAGUGCUACGACUACGAUACCUCCAAGUCAUCCACAAGGACUCAGUCCCAGUGAAGACUGUCGAGACGAGCCCGGUGACUUCAUUGAAACGAAUUGUCAUUGGAGGGAAUGUGGUCAAGAAUUUCCGUCUCAGGAUGAACUCGUCAAACAUAUCAAUAAUGAUCACAUUCACGCGAAUAAAAAGAGUUUCGUUUGUGGAUGGCAAGAUUGUUCUAGGGAGGAAAAGCCUUUUAAAGCUCAGUACAUGCUGGUUGUUCAUAUGAGAAGGCACACUGGAGAGAAACCUCACAAAUGCACUUUCGAAGGCUGCUUCAAGGCCUACUCGAGACUGGAGAACCUAAAAACUCAUUUGAGAUCCCACACUGGUGAAAAACCCUACAUGUGUGAAUAUGAAACUUGUAAUAAAGCUUUCAGCAAUGCUAGCGAUCGAGCCAAACAUCAAAAUCGAACACAUUCUAAUGAGAAACCUUAUGUAUGUAAGGCACAAGGAUGUUUGAAAAGGUACACGGAUCCAUCAUCGCUGAGAAAGCAUGUGAAAACUGUUCAUGGUGCCGAUUUUUAUGCCAACAAAAAACAUAAAGGCGGAACUGGAAGUGAUGGUGGAACUAGUGGAGGAGGUGGUGGUGGAGUUGGUGGAGGUGGCGGAGGAGGUGGAAACGGAAGCGAUGAAGCAGGAAUUGGACAUAGUAGUCCAAGUAGAAGUGAAGAUCUUCAUCCGAAGACUCCCAGUGUCUCGAGUCCUAGCGUCAAGUCGGAGAGUGAAGCCAACAGUCCACCCAGUAUGAUGCAGCAACAGGACAGUCCACUGCACGUGGCUAACUGCAACGAUGACUCAAAUGGUGUGAACGUUGGACCAGUAUCUGAUGUUGUCUUUGCAGACGAACCUUUCAACGAAGAACCAGAGGAUCUGGAUAUCGCGGAUCUUCCAGUUGCUCUUAGAGCAAUGGUUGGAGGACUAGAAUCGCAUCAGCAGAUUCAACCUGUAUCGAGAAAUCGUUUGAAAGGGAGAUUAAGCGCGAAACCAUUACCGAUGUCUCAGAUCUCUCUAGGUGGCAUGAGAGGAAGCCGCAAUAUGAUGGGUCUCCAGGGAAAUAUUGGCGACCUCAACAAAAGAAUUACAGAUCUCAAAAUGGAGGGUGUUCCGAAUAGGCAGACGAGCCUCUCUGACUUGCAACUGAGACUCCAGCCGAUGAGUGAACAUCGAAGAGAUAGUAACAGCACCGUGAGCACCUACUAUGGAAGCAUGAAGUCUACUGAUUUUGGAAGUAGGCGAAGCAGUCAGGCGAGUGGAGUGAGUGCCAUGGGUCGAAUUGGUCCCAUGGGACCUGGUAGUUUCUAUGAUCCCAUCAGUCCCGGCACUUCAAGAAGGAGCAGUCAAAUGAGCACUGCUUCCAGUAGGAUGGCUCCACCAGUUCAUCUUCAAGGGCCUUACUCGACAAGUAACUUAGUCGUUCAAACCCAGAACAUGUCUCUCCAGGGACCCCAGGGUAUUAACGAUUGGACUCCGAUUAGUCAUUCUCAACAACCUUCUGGAGACCGAAGAAUGUCCGAACCAGCUCGCCAACAAGGUCAAAGAGUCUCACCACCUAUGCCUCCAAGGCCAAGGUCAGCACAGUUGCCUGAAUUGCAUCCCAACCAAGAAGUCAUCUUAGACGAAGUUGGUGAAGGAGAGAUGGUAGAAAACAAGCUUGUCAUGCCUGACGAAUUUUUGCAAUACCUCAAUCAAGUCCGAGCGGGAGGUAAUCAAGUGAGCUAUCGCGGAAGUCCUCUGCCGAAUUGUCGUUCACCGAUUUGUACAAAUCCACUACACUUUCAACGACAACAAUCACCCUGUAAUUACAACCAACAGCACCAGAUACCCCGCUGUUUCAUGAACCAACAACCCAAUAAUCAGCAACAAAAUUGUAAUGAAUUUACGAGCAAUAAUUCACAUUACCCUCAGUGUCCAAGUUCACGAAUGAGUCAGGCUUCUGGUUAUUGUCCACCUCAGAACUUUGCGCCUCAAAAUAGCUCCUCUCAAAUUGCUAGUCCAGGAUCUGUGCAGGUUAUGUCACCAGGGUCUCACUAUGCUGCGAGCCACACGAGUGAUCAACCAAUGAAUUCACCAGCAGCUGGAGCUCUACCUCCUCAACAAGGACCUCAGAAUCUGCAGCCUAAUACGGCGCAAUUAAGCAGAAUCUGUCCGCAGCACAGUGAGCAUGGUUACUACCCUAAUGGUUGUCAGUGCCAAUCGACAGUGAAUGGCAAUAGUCAACCUAUUAAUACACAACCUUGUUCUCCAAUGCACACACAAAUUCCGCAACCUUGUUCAGCAGCUCAUAUAAACAGACCAGUUGCUCCUUGUCAACCACUUUCUCCACAAUGUGCUGAGCAGCAGCUACAAAGUCAGCGACCGAUUGGGAAUAUGGUUCACAGUCAAUGCGCCAUGUCUCCUGCUAGUGAUCAGUGUCAUCAGCCGAUGCAAGUCAGUCUUACCGAUGUGCGUGGAGCUAUUUCAAACUGUAAAACUCCAGGUCCAGGUAUCCAAUGUAUGCCCGCUGCUGUUGAUCAGUGUCAACGUGUAGGUCCAGUUUGUUCGCCAUCAGGACUGGCAAGUCAGAAGCCGCCAGUUCCCAUCAAUCCAGAUGUUCAACAACCUCAGCGGAUGCAAACAUCACCAUGUCCACAAAUGACUAAUAAUUGCGCACACCUAAAUCAGACUGCUAACAUUCAUAAACAGACAAGAGUUUGUUCUCAAGGCAAUUGUCAGGUUCAGUUUUGUUCUCAUAGUUGUCGCGGUCCGAAUGAUCCACCUCAGUUCAAUUGUGCCAAUGAAUGUCAAUGGGAAUAUGGUGCAGAUCAGUGCUACCAUAAUCAGCCUGGAAAUGGGCAGGAAAUUCAGUGUAGAGACAUCAGCCAGUCUCAGCAAGGAUCUCCGAUGAAACCACCUCAAGGAAUGAGGCAGGACUCUUACAGAAGGACUUUGGAGUAUGUUCAACAAUGUAGAAAUUGGUCUGGAACUGCUCAAGUUCACGAGGCGAGCGUGUCAAGUUCGACUCAUCCGAUGUCAUUGCUUCAACCGGUUCCGGCAAGCUCAAAUAUGAUACUCAACGACAUGACAUCUUCUCUCAACUCUUUGUUUGAAGAAAAUCGGUUUUUGCAUAUAAUGCAAUAGACAGCUUUAAAUUUGGAAGAUUUGUGUGAAACUUUCGGUUGAAUGUAGAAAGGAAAAAAACGAAAGAAUGUUUGAAGUAAAAUGAAGUUUCUGAAGAGGAACUGAUUGUAAAAAUUAUUGUUAUUGUUGAAGUAUUUUUGAUACCAGUAUAAGAUAAAUGAAAUUUAAAAUUGAAGCAAUACUUCUUGGUAAAGUCGCUGAUAUCCCAGUUAUUUUUGGUAGAAAGAGGAUUGCCAAUCUAUAUUUUAUUAACUAGUAUUAUCACGGAUUAAUAAAUUGCAUAAAAAAAUGUGGUAUCACAAUGUGUCUUAGAUUUGUCACCUCAGCCUGCUUUAGUCGAAACAAGGCAUUUUCAUAAUUUCGCAUUGUAAAUUUAGUCGUUUUACUCACUGUCAAUUGGACAAUUUUUUUAUAUUCGCCCGAAUGGUACGCGCUGUGAUAAGAGAGGAAAUGUGGAGAACUGAAAAAUGUUUUUCCAUGAUCUUCGUCGCAUUAUGAGGACGAGGAGUACGAGAUCGAUAAUCGAAGAUAUUAACCUCAAUAUAAUUCAUGAAGGCCAAUAUUAGUUUUUAAUGAUUGUAGAUAGAUAGCCUGUAAGUAAAUCGAUAAGUAGACAAGUAGAGUAACGCAGAAAGAGGAGAUUUAUGUGUAUGUAGUUUUAGAUUUUAUGAACUAGAUCAGACGAUCAUGACUUGCGCUGUGGAAAGUGCUUAGAAACUCAUGUUAGACAUACCUUUCUGUUUUUGUUAUACAAAUGAUUUUGUACGAAUUUUAUUAUACGUGGCUUCUGAACGAAUAUGUUGUGAAUACUAUACAUAUGACUGAACUAUACAUAUAAUGUAUGUGCUUACAAGCACAGUGAAAGCAUUUUGAAGAAAAUGAAGAUUUGCUAUCUAAAA